AAAAUGAAAGGAGUCGAGACCCUUUUUUUCAGGUCCAUCACGGCUUCGUUGCUGUCCGGGUCUUCGUCUAGGUUUUAGUAUUCAUGUCGUCAUUGCGUCAAAUAUUGCAAUGAAAUAUGGGAAAAUUUAUGAAAUGGCGAAGAUCUCAAAUAACCAUUAAAAUACAGCACAUAUAAUUGUGAAAUGAAGUCAAUAACUAAAAUCACCAUUUUCAUUUUUAUCUUUCUCAUUAUAAACAGAAGAUUGUUAUACCAUUUGAAUAUUAUUAUGCUUUCUUUAUAUAGUAUAUAUACAUAAUAUGAUACUAUAAGGUGUAUGAUAUUAUAAAUUGGUGGUUUUAAAUAUAAUUAAACUACAUGUUAAGGAUACACACACUUAACUAAUGUAUAGAUUCUAUUGAAGUAAAGGUCUCUUAUAAAUACUGUAACCACUGGCAUAUAUAUAUAAUGUGAUAUAGCAUUUCUUAUAAAUCUCAUCUAGAUGUUCCACUUUUCUUUUUGUCCCUGCAUAUGUAGCCUAUAUUUUGUAUUUUCUCCUUCUCUGUUCUACAUUGCAUCACAUCAUGCCAAACUCAAAAACCAACUUCCUUAUUCCUACUGCAACUGAAAGUCUUAAUUUACUUCAUUUGAACGCGUUGUAUUGUUGCCUCCCAUAGCUCGAGAUUAACAACAGUAGGUCUUCAAGAUCGUUUUAAGACCAUAAAGCUCUGAUAUCAAAUAUAUAUUUUUAGAACAGACUUAGCAGUUGAAUAAAGACAAAUUUCUUUAUUAAUGUUUAGAAAUUCUCUCAAAACUCACUCAAAAGCUCUUGUAUUCUUAUUAUCAAAAUCACAAUUCAACUUUGAUAUUUAUAGGAAUGUUAGACCCCUUUUGCUAAUCAUAUUCCUAAUGUAAAAUCUUUCUUUUUCUUAUUUCUAAUACAUGUAGAUAAUUUUUAUUUAUCCGUAACUGACUUGUUAAGAAUCACUUGAGCUGCCUUACACCAUUCAAGUACACCAUUCAAGUAAUACAGACAGGAAAGCAAUAAAAUGAAUAACCUGUGGGGGUAGCUCAGAUGUGGGCAGACUGAACAUAUAUAUGUGCAUAUUGAAUUCACCCUUACCGCAUAUUAUCUUUCAAUUUCCUUUUUCUUUUUUUUUUGAACAACUUCUUUCUUUCAAUUUCCCUAACAAUGAUUAUAUACGAUGUCGUAUAAGUAUUAACUUAGGCUUUAACAAGAACGGGUUUUCAAGCUAAAUAUUAUCCUACCGACCUUGAAUAUAAACCGACUAUUUCAUCCCUUUAUAAUUUGUUAUCUGUAUUAUUUUCCUUGACCUGAGAAUAUCGACUUAGACUAAAGAUGGUGUUUAUUUCGAUCCCCAAUGCAACGACUCUGUCGAUCGAUGUAAACCCUAACACAACCACCAUCUCAGCCUUCGAACAAAUCGUUCACCAACGUACCAACGUUCCUCAGCCUCUCCUUCGCUACUCGCUCCGUGCUCAAAACCCUAGCCGUGUGUUCCACGACUCCCUCCUAUUAUCAGAUCUUGGUGUUUAUCGUUUCUCUACUGUGAUUAUCCACGUUCCUCUUUUGGGUGGGGACGAGAGGGCGCUUCCGCCGCGGUUCCCCGAGGAUCCGGUUAGUUGGAUCACCGUUGCUAGGCUCGAGGAAGCUGAUGGGCACACGGCCAUGGUGUGGAACACUAUUGAGAUGUGUGUAGAGACUCUUCAGAGAGGUGGUGUUGUUAUUGACAGAGAAUAUUGGAUCAAUGCGGCUAGGGCUUGUGAGAGAGGUAGGUAUGUCGUGACGUGCAAGGCAAUCAUCAAGAACUUUAUAGGUAUUGGAGUUGAUGAGGAGGAUAGAAAGAGAACUUGGCUUGCUGAUGCGGAGAUGAGCAAGAAGAGAGGUUUCAUUGAGACGGCAAGAGCUAUAUAUGAACACUCUCUUACUGUCUUCUUGAACAAGAAAAGUGUAUGGCUUAAAGCUGCUCUUCUUGAAAAGAGCCAUGGGAGUAAAGAGUCUCUUGAUGCCUUGUUGCGCAAGGCAGUGACAAAUGUCCCUCAGGCUGAGAUUAUCUGGCUCAUGAGUGCUAAAGAGAAGUUGCUUGCUGGAGAAGUUACAGACGCACGCGCUAUUCUACAAGAGGCUUGUGGUGUGAUUCCUAGCUCUGAAGAAAUCUGGCUUGCUGCUUUCAAGCUGGAGUAUGUGAACAAGGAGAUGGAGCGGGCGAGGAUGCUUCUUGCAAAAGCAAGGGAAAGAGUAGAGAGUGAGAGGGUGUGGAUGAAGUCAGCCAUUGUUGAGAGAGAGCUUGGCAACGUAGAGGAGGAGAGGAGAUUGCUUGGUGAAGGGUUGAAGCAGUUCCCAACGUUCUCCAAGCUUUGGUUGAUGCUUGUGCAGCUAGAGGAACGGUUUAAUAAUCUGGAGCAUGCCAGGAAAGCUUAUGAAUCUGGUUUGAAGCACUGUCCUAACUGCAUACCACUGUGGCUCUCAUACGCUAAUCUUGAAAAGAGAGUGAAUGAGCUGAACAAAGCUCGUGAGAUUCUCAUCACGGCAAGGAAGAAGAAUCCUUAUGUGGCUGAGCUAUGGUUAGCUGCUGUUCGAGUUGAACUGAGGCAUGACAACAGAGGAGAGGCAGAAAACUUGAUGUCAAAGGCUCUUCAAGAAUGUCCCAAGAGUGGUAUCCUCUUGGCUGCGGACAUUGAGAUGGCGACACGUCCUCACCGUAAAACAAAGAGUAUGGAUGCUAUGAAGAAGUGUUUUCGUGACCCGCAUGUCACUGCAGCUGUCGCCAAGCUCUUCUGGCAAGACAAGAAGGUGGAGAAAGCUAGAGCGUGGUUAAAGCGGGCAGUGACCUUGAACCAAGACAUUGGCGACCACUGGGCGUUGUAUUACAAAUUUGAACUUCAACAUGGAACUGAAGUGAGGCAGAAGCAGAUCCUUGCCAAAUGUGUAGCUCGUGAGCCGAAGCGUGGUGAGAAGUGGCAAGCUAUCUCUAAAGCCGUGGAGAAUGCACACCAGCCUAUUGAGGCCAUCUUGAAUAAAGUCUUGAUUGCAUUGAGCAAGGAAGAGAAGGCUACUUGAGAGUAACAAGUUCCUUUUGUUUUCCAUGAUCAUACUAUUCUCAUAGCACAUUACAUUUUAGCUCUUGUUUUCUCUUUGCAGGGUCAACUUUUAGCAGUUCAUGUUUUUCUUCAGUAGCAAGAACCUUUCAGUAGUUUCUUUGUGAGUUUCUGCGUUUUAAUUUUUUUGUGUGCGUGUAUUGCUGAUCAAAUGUUGUUUCUUU